AUGGAAUAUCCAUCAAUUAAAAGAUUUAAACUAUCUAAUCAAACUAAUAAUAAUAAUAAUCAUGUAGAAGAAAUACAAGAAAACAAUAAUAAUAAUAAUAAUACUACUACAACUACAACUACAACUCCUUCUAAUAAUAGUUAUAGUACAAAUUAUCAUAGUUAUCAAUUAAUACCUAUACCCUUUACAUCAACACCACCACCAACUGUUACAUCACCUUUAACAACAUCAACACCAUCACCAUCUACACCAUCACCACCAUCUUAUUAUGUUUCACCACCUAUUCAUCCAUCAUCGACGAGUACUACAUCAUCAAAUUCUUCAUCAUCAUCAUCUUCUUCAUCUUCUGUUGAUCAUCGAUUUGCAAUUAUUGCAAUAGAGGAGGAUGAUGUAUUACCAACACCAACAUCAAAGAUACUAAGUGAUGUUUAUAAAGUAUCUGCAACCUCUAGAAUAGAGACUGCUAUUGCAUUUGAUUCGGUCGAUGAACAACAAGGUACAGAACUUGAAUUGGAUGACUUUGAAAUAUGUCAACAUGGUUUAUUCUCUCUGCAUUAUACUGGAGGUAUCAUUGGAGAGGAAUCUUAUAUUUCAUUGGAUCGAUUUGAUAGCUCAAAAAAGACAUUGGUUGUUGGUGUUGUCUCCAAAGUCGGUCAUCCACUCUAUCAACAAACUGUUAAAUUCUAUAUCAAAGAUUAUUCUCUAAUGUUUGAAACGAGUAUUAGUUGGAGUCUUUGGGUUAAAGAAUCUCAUUCACCAGAACUUUGGUUUAAACUACAACAACCUCAUGAAAGAUAUAAAACUAUUCAUAGUAUCUUUGAAUAUAAAUAUAUACUAUCAAUGCAAGUUACUUCUUUUAUUGAAAAUAAAUCUGAAAAAACUAUAUCAAAUAUGGAAUGGCAUUUAAAGAAUAAAUUACAAAAUUAUGUUGAUGGAGAUUUAGAUAAAGCAAGUGAAUUUAUAACUCAUCAUGUACCAAAGUUGGUAAAAUCAUUUGGUCAAAAGACAAAAAAAAUGUUUGAUGAUCAAUUGGCAAGAUUAAAAUUUAUUGAAGAAUAUCAAGGAUCAUUAUUAGCACCAUUAUUAUCAAGUAAAGCACCACCAGAUUGGUUAACAACCAAAAAAAGUCCUAUAAAAGGAGUUUUACAACCAGAAGAAAGAGUUAAAAAAAUGGUUUUAUUAAAGAGACAACAAUUAAAACAACAAAUUGAACAAGCAUCAAAACAAGAAUUUGUUUCACUACGAAAUAUGCCAGAGAAUAUGAUGGGUUAUCAUACAUACAAUAGAAAUAGAGGUAAACAACCAGAAGAGACAUUUGAAAUUGAUUCUACAGGAGAGAAUGAAUUUGCACAAGACCUAUUACCAUUUCUACAAUGUAUGCUUUGUAAACAAGGUAGACAUAUUUGUCCGGCACAUGCACUCGAUACAGUGGUACCAUACUCUAGUGAAACAAUGGAGGUUUUUGAAGAGUUUCUUUAUCAUUUAGAAGACCAUCGUGAAAUAUUGGAAAAGAGUCUUAGUUUGGCUCAACAAUUGGAAUUACAAACUAGAGCAAUGGUUAAUCAAUUCAGAGUUAGAUCGGCAGUUGAAGGAUUACAAGAAAUUUUUGAAACUGAAAGGGAUAAUAUUAAGGAUAAUAAUAAGGAUAAUAAUAAUAAUAAUAAUAAUAAUAAUAAUAAUAAUAAUAAUAAUAAUAAUAAUAAUAAUAAUAAUAAUAAUAAUAAUAAUAAUAAUGGUAAUGGUAAUAACAAACAAAAGAGACCAAUAUCUAUUCAUUGGCCAUCUGGUUAUAAUAAUAAUAAUAAUAAGUCAAAGAAAUAA